UAUAUAUAUGUUUAAACAAAGGAUGGCUACAUAUGCAAAACAUCUUAAGAUAGAUGAAUCAGAAGUUACAAGUGUAUCACGUAGCGGUCGUGUAUGUAAAAAGUCAUCUAAACUAAUGUAUUUCGACUCCACUAAGUGUAAUAUUGGUAACAAAAAAAAAAAUCUUUCAAAACGCUAUAAAAAAAUUAAGCAAUCUCAAAAUACAGAAAAUGUUGAUAUACCAUAUGAAAGCCAGAUUUCAGAAGAUAGUUCUAUUAUUUCUAAAUCUCAAAAACGAUGUUCAAACACACUUAAGAAAAUUUCUGCAACAAAUCAAUCGAUUGAAAAAAAAAUAAAAUUUGAUAUAAAUUAUGAAGUGUCACAAUCAAGUAAUUAUGAAACAGAAUCAGAUUCAAUUCCAAGUAACAAUGGUUUACAAACUCCAGAUUAUACAAGUUAUGAUGAAGAUAGUCUAUAUUCUGAUGAAGAAUUAGUAAUUUCUAAAUUAAUAGCACCAGCAACAGAGCCUAAGAAACUUGUUUAUCCUAAUUUAAUGGUUGAAACUAGAAUUAAUUCCAUUAAUGAGGAUUCUGUUUAUACUGGAUAUAAACUGUGGUCAACCGAGAUGAAAAAAGAAAUACUUAAAAAAUUUCCAAAUAUGGAUAUUACAAUUAUGACAAUACGUUUGGGUGAAAUGUGGACUAAAAUGUCGGUUAGUGAUAGAAAUAAUUGGCACAAUCAAGCUCAACAUUUAACAGAAAAAUUUGAAUUAUUUCAGAAUAAAAUUAUUAUAGAUCAUGAAAGACAGGAUUGGUUAAAAUCAUGUAAUAAUAAUGAAGUUAAAAAUUUUCAGAUGAAACAGUCUCAUAAUGAAAUAAGAUUAAGAAAUAUUCAGUUGCAACCUAUUGAUGUUGCUGCUUAUCUUAAAUUAUUAGCUGAAAGUCUUAUAUUAAUUGGUACUCGUCUAAAACAGUAUGAUAAAUCUGUUAUAAUGUCAGAUUGUAUAACUGUCCUUUUGGAUUCACUGUUAUGUGCUAUGGCUAGUUUAAUAUGUCUUUCACAGCAAAUGUCAAUUAUAAAAAUAAAUAAUUUUACUACAUUUUUGAGAACAUUAGAAAAUAUUGCAUACAUAAUGCCUGGUUUGUAA